AUGCCGCUCACGAGAAGAAGCGCUAUGAAGAGGAAGAGCACGGAGCACGCUGGAGAAGCGGAAUCUCCGAAGCGGCUUCGCUUCAGCGAGGCCGUGAAAGAGAUUCACGUCGAGAUUGUGGAGGAAUCGAUUACUGCUACUAAAAAGCCGUUUUUCGACUUUUAUGACAUUAUCGAGUCAAAAAAGGAGAUUGACGAGCCCGCGGAGGAGUUGGAGGUGGCAGUGGAAGCGGUCGUUACGAAUGUGAUCGACGUCGUCGAGAUCGUGGAUGAGAUGGCUGAGAAGCUCGAGAUGCAAUUGGAAACGUCGGAGGACACAUCUCUGUUGGCAUGGAUGAAAGCGGAUGAAGAUCGCGAAGAGAUGGAGCAGCCGGAAAGGAUCCUCGUCGCUCCCAACACCAACUUGGCGCGAUUCGGACGAACCGAUGUGAGGGCAGAGCGCCGUGAUCUUCGAUUGGUAAUCGAAGACUUCAUACCACAGCUUAAUGGUAUCGCUGAAGAAGCCAUCGCCAAUCCGCCACCAAUGCCUCAAGUUCCACAACAGGCGCGACCGAAACGGAUGGCCGCUGAACGAGCUAGGAGCAACAUUCGAUCAAUAUUGGUUUCGCCAUUGGUUCAUCGGUAUUUCGUCAUUCGCGAAAAUUGUAUCAUCAUGCAAGUGUUCUAUAAUCCGCCGAACGGAAUUGAUUUUCAUCUGAUACAACGUAUUAAUGGUGAGAUUUUUAGUCUUGUUCGAUUUUUAUUGUUCAACGGUGUUCAAGAAAAGGAGUAA